AUGAACGAAUAUUACGAACCUACAUUACUAUUUAGACAAAACGCUGUUAAGAAAUACAGUCCUGAACUUUCACCUGUUUCAAGUAUGAGCAGUCUUGACUUGCCAAAGUCGAAUAAUAGCUCGUCAUCCUGGUUAUUAGAUAACCAUAAUCCUAAAGACACGGAAAUUCUCAAUAAGUCAUGUUCAUUGAACAGGUUGAACAUAAAGUCCAACUACUGGAAAAUUCCCGAUAAUGAUAUGAGCUUAACGUCUAUGGCUCUACUGAGACAAGGGGACUCUAAUAAAUCAUUACUAGGCAUAUCAAGUGCCAAUGAUGAUUCUAAUUUGUUUAUAUACGAAUUAGAUUUGGCCGAGAAUUAUUUAACACACAACAAUACCAUUUCUUUGCCAAAUGUUCACGCAAUGAGAUGGGUUCCGCAGAUGGGUAACAAUGAGUUAAGUUUGAUAACAGGAAACAGUAAAGGUUACGCUCACUUAGUUUCAAUCCCAAACUCAAACGAGGAAGGUCAGUCGGCCGAAAUCGUUAAACGUUUCAACCACAGGAAGCAUCUUAAAUCAAUAAAUAAGGAUCCCUCUAUUGCAUCUCAUACCUCGACAGAUAUUACGAAAUUAAACUUCAUGGAUAAAAGUAUGGACUUAUUAUCCCUUUAUGACAAUAACUUGUUCUUAUGGGAUAUUAAUGGAUGUGAUUCGCAAGUCAGACCUAAACCAAUAUCAAUUUCGAGCAUACCAGGGAUAGUUAAUUUUGACCCUAUCCCUCACAGUUCUAACCUGGUGGGUAUAUGUGGCCAAUUUGGUGUGUCAUUGUUUGAUACAAGACAGCCCAAAUUUAGUGUUCCAUCAUCAGUUAUGAAGCAAGCUAACAAGAGGAAGCUAGGUGCAAAUGUCAUAAGAUGGUCCCCUAAUGACGAUAAUGUAUUUGCUGCGUCGCAUAUGGAUGGGGUUAUACGGUUGUGGGACAUCAGGAAGCAAGAUUAUUUUGCAAGCCUCGAUGGUCACCAAGGGAAAAAAAUAAUUAGCAUAGAAUGGAACAAGAAUGACUUAUUCAGUGGAGGCAGAGAUGGAAAUAUAGUGCAUUGGGAUUUAACAUCCGAUAUAAACGAAUACCCUAAACCUGACAUUACGAAUUGUGGUUUGAAAGAAGGAUUAAAUAGCAUUAAAUUCAACCCAGUGAAGAAUUCAGUCGAGAAAACCAUCAACCAAAGACAAUGCGGUACAGUAUUACCAGCAUCGAACACCAAUAUUGUGGAUAUGUGCUCCGUUUCUCUUACCUCGCAUAAUGAAGAAGACGUUAAGGUGCUUUCUAUUGAUAGCAGCUCAUUCCUUGGAUUACACUCCAAGAUAUUUGAUGCUGUUAAAGUCAACAUCAACUCAGAAAAAACAUACUACACCGACGACGACAUAUCUUUGCUCCUUGCUGCUCAACAAUCCAGUCUCUCAACAUUGGUCAAUGAUUCGACAGAAAAUGUAACCAAGCCUUUGACCAUUUCCAGGAUGCCUACAACAAAGAUCACCCACGAUGUUGCUCCUCCUGCUAUUCCUACACCCGCUAGUGUUGUUCCUACUACCCCUAACAUGUCCAACGACACACUAGCAGAAGGCCCUGACGAAUUUGUGGAAGUAGGCGACAUCAUCAGACUCAAAGAACCAAAAUUCUCGUUUUCAAACUACAACGAUUCGGUCUUCUCAGUCGAUUCAAACCACGAUAUAAAGUCGUCCCCACUGUCCACUACCUCUCGUGGCUCAUUCGGCGAAUCGUCGUCGUCCAUAUCUACAAAUCCAACCAUAGUUGAAGCGUCUCCAAUAUCACACAAGAGAGACCCGAGCGAUAUUUUCAACUUCAAGACUGAUUUUGACUUUGGUCUUGGCUUGAAUGACUACAAAUUUGACGAGUCCUUAGUCGACAGAUCAUUCGAUAGGAUGCUUUCACUCAAGACCAAUGCUACCAAUUAUUAUAGUGUUUAUAGUAGUUAA